AUGGGUGUGCGCGUAUAUGUUCAGUUGAAAAAGAUCAACACUCAAUUUGGAGUAUAUCCCUUAUGUGUAAGUAUUUUUGAUAUUGAUAUAGUAUAUUCUGAUUCUGGAGAAACUUCUAUUGAAGGUGAUGUGUUGCAACUUGAAUACAAUCAAGAAUUAAUUGGUACGAAUGAUACAUUACCAAUUGUCCCAACGUUUGGCGAUCAACCAGUAGAUGCAUUUGAUGGUGGAAAUGAUUUAAUAAUUACGAACAGAUCGCAAAAGGAGAUAAUGAUGGAUCAGAUAUACAUGGAUAAGUCGACAUUGAAGGAUGUGAUGGAAAAGUAUUCAAUCGAAAAAAGGUUUAAAUUCUUGGUGGAGAGGUCAAACUCUAUAAGCUAUACUCUUGUAUGUCAAUCAAAAGAAUGCACAUGGCUGAUGAAAGCGUCAAGUAUUAACAAGUCGGAGAUGUUCAGAAUUAGAGUUUUUAACUCUGAACAUACAUGUCCUUUAAAGGAUGGGGUGCAUUCAGAUUGUCGUGCAACAAGUGGAUUGAUUGGAGGAAUAAUCGCACCUAAAUUGAGAAAUCACAAGAGGAAAUACACUCCAAAUGAUAUCAGGGAUGACGUUAGAUUGGACUUGGGUAUUGAUAUUAACUACAUGUUGGCAUGGCGAGCAAAAGAUAAGGCAUUAGAAUCGAUAAUGGGGCAACCAGCUGCGUCUUAUGGGAAGCUACCUGGAUACUUGUAUACCUUGGAUAAUACAUACCCUGGUUCACAUAUUAGAAUGAAGAAAACACCUGAGAACGAAUUUUUGCCGAUUGUUGUUGUAGACGCCAGCCACCUCAAAUCAGCAUAUACUGGAGCAUUCGUAUCAUCCAGCACUUUGGAUGGAGCAGGGAAUAUAUUACCUUUGGCAUAUGGAGUUAUUGAUUCAGAAAAUUAUGUUGCUUGGACAUGGUUCUUUGAACAAUUCAAAGAAGCUUAUGGUGAAAGAGAGAAUAUAUGUGUGGUAUAUGACCGACAUAAUAGCAUAAUAAAGGCUGUAUCUAUUGUAUACAACAAUAUCCAGCAUUACGUCUGCAUAUGGCACUUGUGGGCUAAUGUAUGCAAGAAUUUUCGAAAAGCAAAUGAGCAAUUGAGUGAAGUAUUCUACACUAUGGCAAAAGUGUAUACUAAAACUGAUUUUGAUAAGCUAAUGAAAAGAGUUGAGCAGUUUGAUGUAAGGGUGAAGAACUACUUGGAGUUGGUUGGAUAUGAGAAGUGGGCAAGGUUGUAUGCACCAGUUCCUCGUGGUUGGGUGAUGACGUCGAAUAUUGCAGAGUGCAUCAAUUCGACGUUGAUGGAAUUGCACAAAUCGAAAAAUGCAUCAUGCACUUUCACACUACUUGGGAAGAAGUUUCAGGAAAUGCUUGUGCUUAAUGAAUCAAAAUCUGGCCAUAUGACGGUUGUCCCGUCAACUGAUUACAUUUAUUCAGUAAGUGAUGAAGGGAAGAGUUAUAUUGUAUGCUUGGAAAAGAAGACUUGUAGUUGCAACAGGUUUCAAGUUGACGGAAUACCGUGCGCACAUGCGUGGAGGGUGUUGAACAAAAAACACAUGCUUCCAGAUGAAUAUUGUUCAGACUUUUACAAGCCAGAAACAAUAUUGAGAACAUAUGAAGUGCCUGUGUAUCCUCUCCCUGACAAAAGUGAAUGGAAUAUACCUGAACACAUUGAUACCGAAGUUGUGUUGCCACCAAAAUACAAGCGACCUCCAGGAAGGCCAAAGAAGCAACGGGAGAAGUCAUUUAGCGAGUUUAGCAAAAGGAAGGGUACCAAUUCUUGUAGUACAUGUGGACAGCGUGGUCAUAACAGACGUUCAUGUCGAACUGCAACACGGAAUGCAUAG